UCCGCGGGGGAGGAGUCGGAGGCGGAGAAGAAGGCGGUGGUGGCGGGUGGAGGAUCGAGCGCUGUUCUCGCUCCGGAGCGCCGCACAUUCGACACCUUCUGCUUCCUACCCAUUGUGUGAGUAAAAACAAAGGUACAGCCAUCAUUCCAUUGGAGUGCGUACACAAAAACUGCCAUCGAUGUCACUGUACUCUGACAAAGAUCCAGCAGCAAUGGAUCAAGAAUCCAACAAGGCUGCCUGGCCCAAACCAGCAGGAGGAUACCAGACAAUUACAGGCCGGAGAUAUGGAAGGAGGCAUGCAUAUGUCAGUUUUAAACCAUGUAUGACCAGGCAUGAAAGAAGUUUAGGCCGGGCUGGUGAUGACUAUGAAGUGUUGGAGCUAGAUGAUGUUCCAAAAGAAAAUUCCUCAGGUUCCAGUCCGUUGGAUCAAGUUCAUUCUUCUUUAUCCAGUGAACCUUUAUGCAAAAGCGGUGACACAGAAAUCCCCGCUUGUGGUACAACAUUGAAUCAAAGCGUUGAGAACAGCCCUUCCUUUGCUGCAGUGCGACAUAGUGAGGAAGACAGAGUAGCCACAGGAAGCAGUAUAGAGCUUCAUAAUCACUGUGAGGGAGAAUAUAUUACAGGAGCAUACGGUGCUUCAGGUGUCCAAAAUGGAAAUGCAGUGGUUCAUACGGACUCUUAUGAUCCAAAUGCCAAGCCUGGAGAAGAAAAUGACCGUCUUCAGCUUUCUACAGAAGAUGUGGAAGGUGGUAGAUACCAGGAAGCGUUGGGCGAUACAGUGUUUGAAUUGGAAAAUGGGAGAGUGGAGGCAUACACGGGUAUUUCACCACCAGUUCCCUCUCUCAACGGUGAAAUAAAAGAAGUGUUUGAAGAGGUAGAUUCAGCACCUUUAGUGAAAAGUUCUACUGGUGAUGCUGAGUUUAUCCAUCAAAGUAACCAGGAAUUACAGAGCUCCUCUUCUGAUAAAGUUGUUAGAAAGAAGCAACAAAAUAAUACUAGCCCGGAGAGGCAGAGAGAAAAUCCAGCUGAAGAUUCUGCCUGGGCUUCAGGGCACAUGUGUGGUGAACAGAUGACGAGUGGAAGGGAAAACCACCAGGAAAGGGCCCCUGAGCAGGUAGUGAGGCCCAAAGUGAGGAAACUGCUAAGUUCCAGCCAGGUGGACAAAGAAGCCAGCUUCAGUAGGCACGACGCUAAACAAAGAAGUGCUCAGAAGUGGAAGGAGGCUGUGGAAGUUGUGGAAGUUGAGGAAAAUGGCUCCGAGGACCUGUUAAUAAAAUGUGAAGAGUAUGACGGAGAACAUGACUGUAUGUUCUUGGAUCCACCUUUCGGCGGAAUGAUACAAAUAGAACCAGAGCCUGAAGAGUUACUGCCAGUAAAUGGAGCCACCGCGGGCAGGCGAGAAGCUGUGGACAGCACCUUUUGGAAUGGCUGUGGAGAUUAUUACCAGCUGUAUGACAAAGAUGAAGAAAGUUCAGAAUGCAGUGAUGGGGAAUGGUCUGCUUCUUUGCCUCGUCGAUUUUCUGGUACAGAAAAAGAUCAGUCCUCAAGUGAUGAGAGUUGGGAGACACUGCCAGGAAAAGAUGAGAAUGAACCUGAACUACACAGUGAUAGCAGUGGCCCUGAGGAAGAAAACCAAGAACUUUCUCUUCAGGAAGGGGAACAGGCCUCCUUAGAAGAGGGAGAGAUUCCUUGGUUACAGUACAAUGAAGUAAAUGAAAGCAGCAGUGAUGAAGGGAAUGAGCCUGCCAGUGAAUUUGCACAACCAGAAGCUUUCAUGCUGGAUGGAAACAAUAACCUUGAGGAUGACUCCAGUGUCAGUGAAGACUUAGAUGUGGACUGGAGCCUAUUUGAUGGAUUUGCAGAUGGACUAGGAGUUGCUGAAGCUAUUUCUUAUGUGGAUCCUCAGUUCCUCACCUACAUGGCACUAGAAGAACGCUUAGCCCAGGCUAUGGAGACUGCCCUGGCACAUUUAGAGUCUCUUGCAGUGGAUGUUGAGGUGGCCAAUCCCCCAGCAAGUAAGGAGAGCAUCGAUGGUCUUCCAGAAACCCUUGUUCUUGAAGAUCACACUGCUAUCGGCCAGGAGCAGUGCUGCCCCAUCUGUUGCAGUGAGUACAUUAAGGAUGACAUAGCAACAGAGUUACCCUGCCACCAUUUCUUCCACAAGCCUUGUGUAUCAAUUUGGCUACAGAAGUCGGGAACAUGCCCUGUGUGUCGUCGUCAUUUCCCACCUGCCGUCAUCGAAGCCUCGGCAGCUGCUUCUUCCGAGCCCGAUCACGAUUCCCCGCCUUCAAACGACAGUACUGCAGAAGCCUCCUAAACCUGAACAGCUGCCAGAGCUCAACCAUUCUAUCAAAGUAGAUCUGCAGAUUCCUUCUCAAUCCAAUGUGCAAAUAAUUAUAUAUAAAUAUAUUUAAAAUGCUAUAUAUAGUAUAUGCCAUAGUUUAGAAAGAGAAUACUAACCUUUCUAAACUGAAUUUAAGUUUGUGGAAAAUACUAAGCAUUUUCAAGGUGAAUGUUGAACAGUGCAUUUUCUUUAGUCGAAUAUGUUGAUAUUUACUGUAAAGUCGAGUUUAUCAGUUAGCUCUCUCUCUCUCGAAGAAAUAAUCAUCUAUGUGGCACAUAUUACUGAUUUUGUCUAAAGUCCUGCCGCUGAGUGAUUGUGAAUAAGCUCUCCUAUUUCAUCAAAUGACUUUGUGAUCACAAGAGUAGCAGAAUUUGGUUUCUUUGGAAUAAAAAGAAUUCUAAAGCACGCUUUCUCAUUGGUCCUUUUGCUCUUGACAUCAGACCACUUGCUUCACACCACGGAGGAGUGUUUUAGAAAGACAUCCCCUCUGGCAUCUUGGUUGCAAAUAGAGACUUGUCAGAGGCUAAAAUCCUGGCCAGAGCAUCUCAACAAUUUUAAAUCUUUUAGAUGUAAUCCCUGUGAAAUGGUUAGGUAAUAAAACACAUUAUCUAAUAAGAUGAUGGAUGUAUCUUAACGACUAGUCCUGAGGGAAGAGUAAAGCCGAUGAAAAACCUCCUCUGCUCAGUGCUUGAGACGGUGAACUAAGUCAGCUGGCCUCUCAGAUCUUUCCCACGCUUGUACUCCACCUGUUUCUACUUGGCUAAAAUGAUCAUUGAGGCUCAGAACACUCACAGCAUAUCUGUUUAAUAAAUAUCAACUAGAGGUAGUUUAAUGCAGUUUUCAUUCAGAUAUUUUGGAAAGUCUGAUAAACUAGCAUGAAGUAUUCAAACACUCAUUCUGUUGUAUUCUCAAGGGAAAUCAGAAUUCUACAAAAACCAAAUGGUUAAUUCUACAGAUUUCUUUAACAUAAAAGACAUAUUUGGCCACUCUUUUUAAAAAAUAGCAUAACUAAAUCGCGCUGUGCUGUAAUGUAUACCUUUAAAGUAUUCAUAAGCAGGGAUUAUUCAUAUUAUUAGAAAUGUUUCUUUACAUUAAUUUAUUUGGGUAAAUUAUUCACCUGGAGCUCAACUGAGUUGUUUGAAAUUAAACCACAGUAAACAGGCAUCGGUAAUAGAUGAUUGUACAGUGGCGAGGAGACCAGGACUGAGCAUAGAACUCAGCUCCUUACUAAUAUUUCUAAAAGAGAAAAGACGGGUCCGACCUCAGAUUUGUCCGGUAAGCCUUCUGUCCACAGACUUGGACAAAUGUGAGGAAAUCAUUUUCCUUAGGUUUUCAGUGGGAUCCAUCUUUGUAAUUAUGUAAACAGCACGGCUUUUUCUUCAGGUGAUGACACGCAGCAGGGCGGUGUGUACAGAAGUGGCUGAUGCUCACCUUCCCCGAGUGUAAGGCAUCCACAGUAGGGAACGGAGGGUGUUGCAAACAUCCCAUCUUCACAAGUAAAACCCGGUGCAGAGUGAGUGCACAGCCGUCUGAAUGUGACAAUGAUGGAUUAAUUUGGACACAAAUAUUCCUACCGUCUCUCCAAAUGCAGAAUUGCGUUUUCUUUGUGUAUUUUCCCAGAUUGUCUGUAUUCCGGCCCUUUCUCCACCUUAUAAGUGACUUGUCACAGUCGGCAUAGUUGAGGCUCACACCGAAGGAGCAUAACCCUUGCAUUCUAAGUUGUGCAUAUAUUGUAAAUGUGUCUGGUAGUUACAACAAAAUACCGUGCUACCCUUUUAUGGGUCGAGCAAAGCUGAACCUUGCAUGUGUGUAAUGUGGUGACUUUGUAAUUUAGGGAACCUUUGGGGCUUCUGUGACUUGGAGAUGCUUCCAUUCAGGCCUUCGUGUUGCAUUAGCAUGUUUCCCUCCUGAUGUACAUAGCUGCUGUUGCCUAAGCCCAUCUCGGCUUGUUUUCUACUUGGGGAUCUCCCAUCCAUACUUCAUUUCGGAUCAGACUAAUACUACUUCUCAUAUGUAUAUUGUGAACAUUCGUGGCAAAUGUAAUCUUUCUUUGUUGCCUCCUCCCCACCCCCCAAGUAAUAUCGAUCAUUUGUGACACUUACUGGCUAAACUGACAUUGCUACUGAUUUCUAUUCAUAAUAAGCCACACAUUAUGUUUAGACAGUAUUACGGUACUUUGGUUUUCUUCUAGUAGCAGCUGUCCCAAAGAAAAUAUUUCGUCUUUGCCCAUUAAGAUGUAGCUAUUGUCUGCUUGUUGUGAAAAGGUCUUGGUUCUCAACGCAACCAGGAGUGUUGUACUUUUUGCUUUCCAUCUGUUACUGUCCUUCCUUCCUAGCUCCCUAACUAUCUAUAAACAGCUGCUACGAAGGAGAAAAGUCGAAGAGUUGGCUUAUUUUAUUACUUUUUUUAAAGGAAAGAGAAUUGAGGUUUUAGGAUUGUCAUGGUAACAAGUUGCUAUAAGCUGAAGCUGAUGAGUUUAGACACUAAAAUGUAAUUGAAUUAUAUCUUGGAUCUUUUAAAAAAAUUAAGAUUAUAUGAAGGUAAAUUAGAAAGUAUGAAUAUUAAUUAAAAUAUAGUUUCUCUUAUUUCUUUGUUAUAUGUUAAGUGACAGCCUGGUUAAUUUUAUUUUUUUUAACACUUGCUUAUUGUAAUAAGAGUGCUGAUAUUUAAAGUUAGAUAUAUGUGGACUUUUUGUUGCUGUUGAUGUUUCCUAAUUGUUUAACUUUUCAAGAUUAUUUGUGAUCUGGAUUUAUAUAUAAGCUGUUAAAUAUAUAUGAACUGUUAAAAUGGAUGGAAUGCAAGUUUUUCAAAAGCCGAGGUCUAAAUGUAAUGAUUGGUUUCUUGUUCUACAAUUCCAACCCAUCGAUUUCCGUGUAAGUCAUAAACAAUAAACAGAAUAUACUCA